CAAGUUUCCCUGCAGCGCCAACGAGCAGUAGUGCAAGGUGAGUGAAAGAAACGGAAACAGACAAGUUGCUGGCGACAUGCGCCUACACUGCCGAGAGCGACGCUAGCGAGCGAUCGCCAAGAACACACGAUCGUCUACACCGAACAGCACAAUAAUGAAUGGCGUGCAAUACGCGCCACCAGCGACUGCGGGAGGAAACCAACAAGGUCCGCCGGUCUGCCAAAACUGCGGCACGUCGACAACCCCACUAUGGCGGCGCGACGAGUCAGGCUCGGUGCUGUGCAACGCUUGUGGCUUGUUCCUGAAACUGCAUGGCCGCCCACGGCCCAUCUCGCUCAAAACGGACGUAAUUAAGAGCCGCAACCGCGUGAAAAGUAGCCAGAAGAAACGCGAUGGUGAAGAUGGCGCAGUGUUCCAACAACCACCGCCGCAGCAACACGCAGGUGGUCUAGCAGCUGCGCAUCCAAGCGUCGCCUCCGCCGGCGGGUUGCAUCCGCUCCCACAUGCGAUACCACCGGUUGGAGAUGCACCGGUGAGGUUACCCUCACCAGGCCAUCUAUCACGGAGUGGAACUCCAAAUCUAAGCCAAAACCCGAACAUCGCGCCACAGCACAUCUUCGACACCGUCACACUUGGUGGCGAAUUCGUCUCCCCAUCAUUGCCAGCAUACCGCCAGCCGUCGCCAUCGCAACUGUCUUUGAACGGCGCGAGCCAGCUCGAGACAGCACUGUCCUAUGAGGGCCUUGCCGCUCAGAACGGCCAUCUGAAGACAAGAGUAAGCGAGCUGGAAGUAAUCAAUGGUCUAUUCAGAGGCAGAGUCGCCGAGCUGGAAAGUACCGAACGAGGCGCACGCCAAGCGGAAAAAGUGCGAGAAGAGGAGAAUGACAGGCUGAAAGCGGAGCUUGAUAUGGCGCGAGAUCGCAUUGCGGAGAUGGAGAAGCGGAUUGCACAACUCGAAGCGUACAGUCCAACACGGAAGAGGACAAGAACGUCGGGCGACGGCAGCGAGGGCAGGGAAAUUUCGACGUCAAGAAGCACCUUCCCGAUCGAUGAUCCACUACCGGGUUCAAGUAACUUCAUGAUACCGUGAGACGGCCCCAGCCACCGUCCAAGUCAUGCAGACUUAUGGAGCGUUUGAAGCGUAACGCAUACAGCGUUGAGAUACCUCUAGCGUUGUGUACUGAUCCUUGCGCGUCUGAAUGCAGCGCUAUAAUCUGCAUUCGACCCACUAGCAGCUCC